AGUUACAAAAAAAAUGUACAGGUGAUACAGGUAAUAAAUGCUGAUACGUCUCUUCAAAGUCCUUCCAAAAGCAAGUCUCACUCUUAUUUCAGUAGUUUUUUGAAAUUUGCUUGAAGUUCAAUCCCCUCCCUCCCAUAGAGACACCACUGAAUCAGGUAAAAGCUAAACGGUUUGUCGACUUGACCCUUACAAGCUUUCAAAGAGUUUUUUAUUCCAGACGUUGUGGGCUAAUUAUACCAGUCCUUCGAGCAGGAAGUCUCGCCACUCCGCAGCUAUCUUGAAAUGUCUCUGGGGACUUAUUUGGAAGUAAUAGUCUACCUAAAUUAAAUUUAAAUUCACUGCUGCCUGGAAUCCAAAACUACAAGCAUAGAAGCACUAGUCAAAUCUGAUACAUUUGUUCUCCAUUACAUAUAUAUACUAAGUAUUAGGCUACAGGGCAGUGAUUUUUAACUAAAAGCAAUCACGACUUAGACUUUCCUCAAGUCAAAAGCACGUUUCUUAGUUUACUCUCACAGGUUGUCUUUAUGUUCCGAAGAUAUGCUUCGUCCAGUAGGAGAGCAGAGAGAACAGCUAUGUUGCUACACUGGGUCGGUAAACGAGCUAACUUCGAGCAGCGGAACGAGCUGGACUUAAAUACAACAGGUGAGCGAAUAAUGGUGCACAGGUGCUGCAGCGGGAGCUUGGAAAAGCCACGCCCACUUCGGGAGGAGGCGAGCAAAAUUAAUGCUCACUAGCACAACCACGCACGAGGGAGAGAAAGAAAAAUAGAACAGCAGGAGGAGAAGAGAAAGUCAGGUGUUCCACUUGGAGAGCAGUUGGUACUAUGACAGAUAUAAAUAUGUAGGAGCUUGUAUUCUUCUUCUGAAUUCUCCCAUGAACUUCAGUUCUCAGAGUGCCACGUCUCUCACUCGCCUGUCUUGUCUCUGUGGUCCUUCUGCUUACUUCUCCUCCUCUGUGUGUGUUCGGUCUGCAGUUGCCAUGUAACAAUAUGUGGUAACCAAGCAACUAUGCAGGCGAAGUAACCAGCGCAGUCCUGACAAAGGGGAGCACAGGGCAGGCAUUUUUUAACCUUGGUGCAGCAUAAUUUAAUGAAAGUACAGCUACACCCUAUGGCAGAAUAAAGGAGUAUUUAUUGUGUAAUUAAAUUUUAGCGAGACUACCACUCUGUGAGUUAAACAUGUACGGACGGGCUCCAAGAGUGACCUUCAUGACAGCAGGGGGUGCAUCGUCUGCUGUUGGUCCCGGAUCAUACAAUGUGAGCCAGUCCAGUUACAAGAUAUCAGAUGGCUAUGCACCAUUCCUUUCCUUGAGUGACAGGCAAUCAAUAUUCUCCAAAGACAGUGAGAGUUUAUUAGGACCUGGACACUAUGACUGCUCACCUGUCAAGUUAAAUGUCCAUGGUGGCAGCAGUCUUCAGAACCGCUCCAAGCGUUUUGAGGAUGUGGUGUCAGAGGUUCCAGGCCCUGGGGCCUACAAUGUGUUGCCUGCCUCAAAAAAGGCACACAGGGCUGUGACAGCUAAUGUAGGACACCCUGGAAGGCCUGGCAACAAAGUGGCUAAAGGUCUCCGGCUAGCUCUUCAGUCAGACAUUCCAUCCAUUCCCUCCCCGGGCCAGGCCUAUGGCUAUGAAGAGGAUGCCCGGGGUGUCCUCCGUAAGCAACAGCCCCCUCCUAAGGACACAACCCUGGGGCCAGCCUACUACAGUCCGCUGCUGGAGACGAGUUCUACACAGAAAUAUAAAGGGAUCCACUUUGGCAACAUGACAGGGAGGAGAUCUGAGGAGAAGGUGGAUGUGGGACCAGCUCCAGGACAAUAUGACCCCGAACUGGUCCCAGAAACACAGUACGAGAAUGUGAACCUUCAAAAGGAUCAGAGAGGUAGAGUUGAGCUUGCCAUCCCUCGCUACCAUGAACUUGUGUCCAUGCAGGCAGAAAAGAAGGGAGUUCCUGGUCCAGGCCAGUAUCACAUCAGAAGUCAGUUUGAGAAACCUGUUGAGCCUGGUGGCCUGCCGAAAUUCUCUUGUACCUUCCUCUCAAAAACUGAGGUACAGUCCAGACAGAGGUUUGGCCCUGUGAAUGAAGUGUCGCCCCCUGUUGGUACAUAUAAUGACCCGCGCUGUGCCCUGGAGCUGCUGAAGAGGACCUCAGGAAUAAAGAAAAGUCCAUUCGGUGUCACUGCACCUCGCUUCUCUUCUAACCACAGAAAAGGCACCACACCAGGUCCAGGUUCCUACAAUGUCUUUGAGCAUGGCUUAGCCCGGGAAAGUUUUAAAAAGGCGUUUUUUUCUCAAACCAAGACGGGAGGCUUUGGCUCUUCUUCUCAACGCAGCUCCCUUUUCUACAAAAAGGAAUCUGUCGAGACCCCGAGUCCAGCACAGUAUGAGAAGGAAAAGAAGACAGAGGAGAGCUACAAACAGCAGCACACAGCGGCUUUUAAAUCGGUCACAGAGCGUCUGGCUUCACCACUGCUGGCUAAAGAUUCCCCUGCACCCAGCAGAUACAAUGUGAGUCAGACAUUUGAGAAGGUUAAUGGCCACUCUUACUUAGAACCCCGAAGUGAAGACGCUAAGAAACGGCAAAGCUGCUUCCUGUCUGCUGCACCGAGAAAUGAUUUCUUCCUACACAGUAACUCCAGCGUGCCAGGCCCCGGCCAGUACAACCCAAGUGUAAAAUCUGCUCCAAAGUUGGCACUGAUGUCCUCCAGAGAAGAUCGAUUCAAAGUUCCCAAGAACAUCAGCCCAGGACCUGACACUUAUUGGUUGAGUCCAAGUAUUAUGAACACACUACUGAAGGGCACCUUCAACGUGACGCUCAACAACCCUCUGAGUCCCAGCUGCUCCCCCCGCGUGGCUGAUGGGCCUUUAACAGCCCACAAGGCCAUUAAAGCAAGCACACCCAACACCUUUAUCGCCACCAGCAGUUCAUAGAGUUCUUUGUGGGUCAGAGUUUAAAGAUGAAAGGCAGCACUUUGGAAGAAGAUGACUUUGCAUUAUUGUCACAGAGUGAUACUGUAUACCUACUAAGAACAUUUCAUCUGAAGUUGGCUGUUGUGGAUUAUUUCCCCCUGUAUAAACCACUUUGUAUAUCAGUAACAUUGAUAAAGGCAUUCAUAUGAAUAAUG